CUCAGAAACGACACUGAGGCGGAGGAGACUGCACGAGCUCCUAACGGUGAUUGGAGUUUUUGUUUGUGUUUCAGUCAGAAAAGUGAAUAUAAGUCAUAUUUAUCAUAAAACCUGAGUAUGAGCUCGGAGGUGGUGAACGAUGAGAAUCAGGGCGCUCUGCCCGUACACAAGCACUUCUCGUCCGAAUCAGCCGCUGACAUUUUUGCUCUGGAUCAGCCCACCGGCCGGCCGUCCAUCCUGAGACAGUCUCAGGCCGAGAACCUUAAUAAAAACAUCCCAAAAGGAGUGAAGGUUUGUUUCCAGACUCCGCUCAGAGACCCGGUUACAAAAAAGAUAAUGUCCCCGAGUCGUGUGGGCAGGAUGGCGACUCUCGACGACUGCGCUAACGCACUGGAGUCUCUCACGCUCAAGUCUCCGACUCCACACAGCGCUCCCUUGCUGCCAAUCCACAUUCCUGCUAAAACGGACACUUCCCUUCCUGACGACGACAUGCCCAUUCAGAGCAGAGGAGGCUACGCCAUCGACUUCGACAACCUGGAGUCUGUAAAUCCUUUCCAGAGCUCUGGUAAAAUGAUCCUCUCUCCACCCAAACCUGCUGCUCUGCUGUCUGACACCCUGAUCCUGAGUGAGCCUGCACCGCCCGCCUCAUCGCCUGCCCCCGAUCAGGUAGAGAAGGUGACGGAAAAGAUCGACAUGGGUCUGGAUGAGACGCUUCCUUUUAUCCCGUCUGUCGAGAAUUCCCUGGCAGACUUUUCUGCAGACGGUGCGUCCACAGACAGCACGGUGAUCAUCGAGCCGAGGAAAACCCCGCCCGCCGAUCACAGCUCUGACGAAACGAUGAACGUAGAACUUUCUGAACCUGCUCCUGUAGUGCUUGAAGAUGUGACCGAUUCACUUUCACUCCCUAAAGGAUCCUACCAGAUCGAUUUCGAUAACCUUGACUCGGUGAACCCUUUUAACACAGGCGGUGCAAAAAUCCAGAACUCUCCUCCCAUCUCCAGGAAGUCACCCGUCUGCGACUUGGUUCUGUCUCAAGCUGAGGAUGUGAGCUCAAGAGAGAACAUCAUCGAGAUGCCUGUCGUGCAGGAAGAGAAACUGUCCACCACAGUGCAGCUCAGCCCUCCAGAGGUGGCCGCAGACACAGCUGCCCCCUUAGUAACCUCCCCUAAAGAUGCUCCCAUGGUGCUGGAGUUCAAUUUUGACGACGAUGCCGGUGUCAAACGCAAACCUCCACCCAAACGCCUCGGCUUAAAAAAGCCUCCGCUUUCCAAAACCAAACCUGAUGGUACAAAGCCAGAGUCUGUUCCACCAGCUGAGAAGAAAAGUCCAGAAAUCAAAGCCAGGGCAUGUGACACAGAGGCCGACAGCACACCGACAGACAUUCCUCCAGCCAGAGGCGCUUACUCUAUCGACUUUGCUAAGUUUGAUGAUCCGAACUUUAAUCCUUUUGGUACGGCGGUGAAAAUGGGGAGUUCUCCUCCUCGCAGUGCUCCAGGGCUGAGUGAAGUCUCUACCGGUCCAGUUCUGCUGGAGAACCAGGAGAGUGCUGUGGAGAACCCUACACACAGCUUUGAUUCCACCGAGCCUGGAAAUGCAACAGGACCUGAACUGGCAUCUGCAGAGACAGCAGAAGAACACGAGCCCUUACUGGUUCCUGAAGCCCACCAGCCCAGUGUUCCUGUCAUUUCAAAGCCUCUGCAGGUGGAGGAGCCGGCUUUCCUCCACGUCCCGACCCAGAGCACAGAGUUCGACAUGACCACGGCCGAUGAUGAGUUUGUUCCCGGCUCCAUGUUCAUGCCGAGUGACCUGGACGGACAGAUUGAUUAUCUGGAGCAGUUCGGGUCCAACACUUUUAAGGAAUCUGCCCUGCGUAAGCAGUCCCUCUAUCUGAAGUUUGACCCUCUGCUGAAAGAAAGCCCAAAAAAGGCUGCAGCAGAAAGCUCCGGGUUCAGUCUGCCUCGUCCCUCUCUGGCCAUCCGGAUGAUGGAGGCUGCGAGGUCAGAGGUCAGGCAGAAAUCUAAUCAGGAAUGCCCAAAGCUACUGGAGGACUUCCCUGCACCGGUGGAGCCUCCAGCGGUUCAGGACCCCAUCGUGGUGGACCUGCUGGUGCCGACGCUGAAGCAGACUCAGAGGAGCGAUGAUGUCAUUGUGGACAUGCUGAAGUACACACAGAAAGACCUGGACACUGCUCUAGAGAAGGCUCAAAAACAGGCUGAGGAGCGCGAGGCAGAACUGAAGGCUCAGAUUGAGAAGAUGACUCUGGACAAUCAGCACAUGGUGCUGAUCGUGUCAGAGUUCGAGGCUGUUAUUGCUCAGAUCACAGCUGAACACAAGCAGAAGGAAGAGCUCGCGCAGGCUGAGCUGAGCAAAGUGCUCGAGGAGAAACAGCAGCUGGCUAAAGACCUGAGCGACAUGGAGCGCUCCUUCUCCGACGUCGUCAAGCGCCUGGACCGCCGCAAGGAGGUCAUCGACGGCUUCAAGAAGAACGAGGAGACACUGAAACAGUGCGCUCAGAGCUACUUGGCCAGACUGCAAAAGGAGGAGCAGCGUUAUCAGAUGCUCAAGACUCAUGCUGAGGAGAAAAUUGACCAGGCGAAUAAGCACAUAGCCGAGGUGCGCACCAAAAUGGGAGCGGAGGUUUCUGCUCUUCAGGUGCAGCUGAAGAGAGAGCAGCUCAAAGUGCAGUCCCUGGAGAAGAACCUGGAGCAGAAGACCAAGGAGGUGGAGGACGUCACCAAGCUGUGUGAUGAGCUGAUCGCUAAAGUGCAGCAUCACUGAAUUUCACAUCUUAUUUAUGUCCGUCUGUGUACGUGUGUCUCUUUAUGGUUGUUGUUCAUCCUGUUCUGACGUAAUAAAUAAAGACUUUUACUGUAAAGUUAUUUACAUAACCUUUACCUGGGAGUUUGUGACCUUGAGGUCUACAGUGAACUUCUCUCGCACUAAUAAAGAUUCCUUUAAUGUUUA